CAGUAGGCUGUAAUGAGAGAGGGAGAGAGAUUAUACUUUUCAUUUUCGUUAUAGAACUGAACUGAUAUAAUUACUACUCCGUUCCUUUGGUUCCCUCCAAACACUCCCUUAUUCCAAAUGCUUACGCCAGAGUGAGCGUUUCCCGCCCCUCCCAAUUUUCCCGCUCCGCCGGAACCCUAACCGCCGAAAAAUGGGAACGAAGCACCAUCAAUCCUCCGCUUCCGAUCCGAUUACUGACCCCAAGAAGCGCCGCCGAGUCGAAUUCUCCAAGAUCGAUCCAGGAGUUCAAGCAAAUGAGUGUAUCAAGAUUUAUAUGAUUUCUAGCAAGGAGCAAAUGGACAAUCCAGACAGUUUUUGUUUUCAGCCAGUUGACUUGGAUCGGUUUUUUGGAGAGGAUGGGAAAAUUUAUGGUUACCAGGGAUUGAAGGUUAACAUCUGGAUCAGCAGUGUAUCAUUUCAUGUGUAUGCUGAUGUUUCAUUUCAAAGCAAAUCUGAUGGAGGCAAAGGGAUCACAGAUCUGAAGCCUGCUCUUCAGGAUAUUUUUGCUGAGAAUCUUGUUGAGAAAAAGGACAAUUUCCUUCUAACAUUUUCAAAUGAUUGUGAUUAUGUUAAAUCUACUGUAGCAAAAGGGGAGUUAUUGCAGCUAAAAGUCCCCAGUGAACAACAGGAUGGUGCUAGAAGUCAUGUAAAAUCUGAGUGUUCUGAUGCAGAGGGCCAGGUUUUUCGGGUUGUAGGUACCAUGCCUGUUGGGCAACUCUAUAGUCGAUUGGUGCCUCUUGCUCUUCUCUUAGUGGAUGGUAGCAGUCCUAUUGAUAUUACAGAUGAAAGAUGGGAAAUUCUUAUCAUGGUUCAGAAGGAAGAUAAUCAACUUCGGUUGCUUGGUUUUGCUGCUUAUUACCGUUUUUACAGAUACCCUGAUAGUUUCCGCUUGCGGCUUAGUCAGAUUCUUGUAUUGCCUCCUUACCAGCAUAAAGGUUAUGGCUCUAGACUUCUAGAGGUGCUCUACAAUGUUGCAAUUUGUGAAGAUGCUUAUGACUUGUCAAUUGAAGAACCAUUGGACUCCUUUCAACACAUGCGAAUCUGUAUUGAUGUCCAACGCCUGCUUGUUUUUAGCCCAAUAGAAGGAGCUGUUAAUUCAGUAGUUUUGCGUUUGAAGCAAGAAAAUCUCUUAAAGAAAAGCGAAACUUGUUAUUUUGGGCCACCUCCGAGCUUAAUUGAAGAUGUCAGGAAAAGUUUGAAAAUUAACAAGAAACAAUUCCUACAGUGUUGGGAGGUGCUAAUCUAUAUUGGCCUUGAUCCUGUAGACAAGCAGAUGGAGUCAUUCAGGGCCAUUGUUUCAGGUCGUAUUCGGGCUGAUGUCCUAGGGAAAGACUCGGCAGAUGCUGGGAAGAGGGUGGUUGACGUACCGACAGAUUAUGAUCGGGAAAUGUCAUUUGUGAUGUUCAGGUCACAACAUGGUGAAGCUAGCGUUGGAAUGGAUGAAAAUCAACCUAAUCAAGAGGAGCAGCUGAAGCCAAUAGUUGAUGAGAGGAUCAAAAUGGUCGAGUCCAUUGCACAAAAGGUAUCUCCAAAACAGAAAUGAAGCUUGCAAGCCUCUGCUGCCUUUUAUGGGCUCCUGAAACUGUAAUAUGAAAUUAAUUGGGUUAGAUUGUGCCAAGGCUUGUCUGUAAACUGAGCUAUUCCUGCGUUUUGAAAAUGAGCUGAAUAUGGACUUAUCUGAGUUAGGCAGAAAUUCAAAUUCCCGUGUUCUUUAUGAAGCUUUUCGUCUGGAUACUAUUAAUUGGGGAAAAGCAAAGCCACCUGCGCUUUGAAAAUAUCAUCUUGUGUAUUUGCAUUCGUAGCAGAAUGAUGAGCCCUUGAAUAUCAGUAUGUUAUUGUUAUGAACGUUGGUUCAGUUAAAGGCAAAAGAACAAUGUGCUGGUUAGUGCUGUAAUAUUCGCUGGUGGCAUUUUGGUC